AUGGUUUCCAGCCAGUCUCUGAACCAUCUCCUCAACUUCACCCUUCCUCCGAGGCAGUCGCACCACAAUCAGAGUUUGCCGCGCAGGAACAGGAGGUCCAACGCGCAUCCCGCCAUAUGGAACAAAGAGAGGUUUGUCAAUGCUCAAUAUCGCUUUGUCAUGAACCCCAGCGGAGAUUACACUGUACACUUCGCGGACCCAGAUAUCUUUUUCCAAUGGCAUGACAUUCUUCAGGUUAUCGUCCCCCGUACUUCUGCGAUGGCCUCUGCUGCGGGCUCGGGAGAACAAGCCUCGCAUGAAGAAGGCGUCACGACAUGUCCUAUCUGUCUCUCAGCGCCCACGGCUCCUAGAAUGACCAAGUGUGGUCAUGUAUUCUGUUUCCCCUGUAUAUUGCAUUAUCUUAACACCGCCGAUAAUCUCAAGUGGGUGCGCUGCCCUAUCUGUUUCGACUCUGUCAACGAGAGACAGCUCAAGGGUGUCAAAUGGUUCGACGAAGCUCCUUUUGUUCAUGAUGUCGAUGAUGCUCCAGCAGAAGGCUCGUCGACAUCCGCCUCCAGUGACAACCUCCUCGUAGCGACACCUCGCCCCGGCUCUACUUUGCGCAUGCGGCUCAUUCAACGGCCCCAGAUCACUACCCUCGCGCUUCCACGUUCUCAGACUUGGCCAUCCGAUCUUCUUCCACCUCAUCAAGCACCCUUUCACUUCAUGCCCGACGUCUUCGCCUUCGCGAAGUUUAUGCUUGCUACCCCAGCGUACCUGAUCGCGGAUCUUACCAAAGAUCUCGACGAGCUGUCUACAGAGAGGCGCAUGCUCCAUAGCAUGGGUGAUGAACUGAGCGUCAUCUUCAUCGAUGCUGCGGUAGCGAAGGUCCAGAAUCAGAUAGCGAAAGCAGCAGCUCUGGAGACGCCGCAGUUGCAAGAGGCAGUUGACAAUGCUCUGCUAAUGCAGAAGCAAAUUCUAGAUCGUGCUUCGCUGAACGAAAGGCUCAGAAGAGAGGAGCGACCACCAGCUGUGCAACCUGAAGACGUCCCACAAGACUUCUUGGCUACUCAGGGUGGACGUGCAAACAUCCCUUUCGUCGUCCCCUCCACAGCUCCAGUUAUGUCUUCCGUGUUAGACACGCGCUCAUCGACUCCGACGCGGGGCCCUAGGCAACGCAGGAAUCUGAAUCCGCCUCCACCGUCGACAUCCACGUACUAUUACUAUCAGGCAUCAACGGGCAUGCCGGUCUUCCUUCAUCCUCUUGACAUUCGUGUACUCUUCUCCCACUUCAGUGAUUAUGCAGCGUUCCCGGACACUAUUAACGUCCGCGUAGAGGCCUACAAUGAGACCACCGUCAACGACGACCUGCGAAAACGCUGCAAGUAUCUCGCGCACUUUCCUGAGGGCGCGGACGUUGUCUUUGUAGAGGCAGAUCUCGAGGGAGUCGUCGGCGCAGAAGGUCUCCGGAAUUUCGAGGCGCCGCUACGCAUGCGUCGCUCCCGGCGUAAAGACAAGGAGAAGAAGGACGACAAGGCGCGUGCCCGUGCAGAAGAGCGCGAGAAGGAGAAACUUGCACACACGUGGAUCGCAGCCGAUCCCACUGUAGUGGCGCCCGUAUUUCAGAGGCCCCCGUCGCCUUUAGAGACGGACCAGUUUCCGGAGGCCAGUUUGGAUCAGCCUGCGCUUCAGGUGCAGCAGCCCACUGGUGCAUGGGGCGCGCGAAGCUUUGCUUCGGCUGCACAUGCCGCCUCGGGGCGCCCGCUCGGACAGCGGCCGCCCCCCAUUCAGCGGGAGAGGGAGCAGGCGGAAGACGAGUGGGAUCUAGACGUGGCCUUCCACGAGCUCGAGCAGAGAGGGAGCCGCGGAGGUGGGAAGAAACGGACGGCGAAGAUGGUGGUGCUCGGGGGUGGCGGCGGCAGGCGACGGUGA